AAUGGCUUUGAGGACAUCGCGUCUGCAUUGAGAAUCCCUGGGAAUAAUUGGAACCGGUGACGCUUGGUUCAAGUUUUAAAUUUGUUGCUCUCAGAGUCCUCUUUCUACACCUUAUCGUAGUUUGGAUUGUUCUGUUUGUGACAUAAACAUUUGUGAUAUGUUCUAACCAUGCAAUUUUUGCAGAAGUGUUCGUUUGGCACCUCUGUAUCAAUGCAGGUUUGGAUCAAUGUUGUCCUUCCAAAACAGCCAGCUUAACCCUGGUCUCUUCUAAACCUCUCUCCUUUCCAGGAGGCCUUCAGUGACCUGGCGAUGUUUUUCUACGACAAGCAUGGAGGAGAGGUGAUAGGAGUCCUCUGGAAGCCUCCGGCCUUCGAGCCACAGCCUUUCAAGGCGCUGAGCAUGAAAGGAAGAAUGAUGUCCGCCCUCGCCCCUGAGCCUCUGACAGUUCCCAAUGUGGAGGCCAUUUUGGAAGACUUCAAGAUUUUGGGGGAAGGAUUGGUCACGUCAGUAGAGGCUCGUACAGAGAAAUGGUCCAUUUAGAAUCUUUUGGAACUUUGUGCUGCGUGUAUAAAGUGUUGCCCAGGGUGUGUUCUCACCCAUGACUUUUCCCACUUAGAACUGUCUUAUAAGAAAAGUAUUUUUACUACAUACAAACUUCUCUCGAUCCUGUUUCCUCCUAGAGACUCAUCCAGUUUAGAGAAACCUGACCUUCCUAAUAAAGGACCCUGCUAUUGUAGAAA